AUGCUGCUGUUAUACAUCGGCGUCUACAAGGCGGUGUAUGACUACGCUGCCCAGGCGCCCGAGGAGCUCUCGAUAAACGAGGGAGACCUCCUCUACUUGCUCGAGACGCUGGACAUCGACGAAUGGUGGAAAGUGAAGCGCCGGGUCGUCGCCACGGGAAACGAGGAAGUCGACGAGCCCGAAGGGUUGGUGCCGCUGAACUACAUUGAACCCGCAGGGGUGAUGAAACAGUGCGUGGCCCUUUACGACUAUACUAAACAGACUGACGAAGAACUCAGUUUCAAGGAAAACGACCGCUUCAACAUCUAUGACGAUGCUGAUCCCGAUUGGCUUUUAGCCGGUGAUUUAGCUGGUAAAGCCUACGGGUUUUUGCCGUCAAACUACGUGAAGAUGGCCGAUGGCUUGUUCAAUCUGAGUCAAUCGGAAUUGCCGCCGUUACCGGGAUCCGCCGCUCCAGCACCGUCGGCGCCUCAAGUGGCUGCUGUCAAUGCCUCAGCGUUGCCUCCGCCGCCCAUGCAUCCGUCGCAAACUCCAUUAUCGCAAUUCCAGCCGCCUCCUUUACACAUCCUGAGAGACGCUACUCCCGCCGCCGACCCCACCCCGCUGUCCCUGCAACCACCAGCACAACAGCUGCCUUUGCAAACCAAUGGUGACGAUGAAGCACCGCCGCCGAUGCCGCUGCGUCCUCGUUCCAACACGGCGAAUACGCAGCAACUGAUGCCGUCGUCAGUAGACGAUAACACCGCUGCUGACCACACCUACGAUGGCGACCUGUUCACGUGGUACAUUGACGAGAUUGAUGGGCGUAAGAAGCGCUCCGUGGCCCUCACGGUGGGGCCUGGGUUUGUGCGGUUGAAGCCUAACCAAAAGAAGCUCUCUAAACUCCGUGGCGGGACACUGACGUUGGACAACGAGUGGCAGAUCAGAGACUUGAUUAACUACUCCCAGGAGAAGAAGCAUGUGUUCUUUGAAUUCAAAAAUCCUAAGGCGCUGAUUGAGUUGCACGCCGGGUCUAAGGAUGUCGCCGAAGCCAUCAUGCUGGUGUUAGGCGACUUUAAGGGCGCUGACCUGGCUUGUGGGUUGCGUGAAGUGGCUAAAGCAUCGCAGACUUCCACUAACGCGCAAAACCGCAAGAUCGGUAAGCUCAUGUAUGACUUUGUCUCCCAAGGCAAAGACGAAUUGGGGGCUAAAGAGGGCGAAGAAGUGUACAUUAUUAACGACGUCAAGCUGAAAGAGUGGUGGAUGUGUGAACUGGUCAACAGCGGCCGUCAAGGGGUGAUCCCUCUGAGCUACCUAGAAGUGGUGGGCACCUCUAACCUUGAUCUGCUCACUAACGGUGCUCGUAAGCGCAACGAGAGCAGUCUGAAGAAGAAGCGCCAUCGUGACCGUGGCGAACGUGACCGCAUUCGUGAGCGUGACCGCAGAGAACGUGAACGCGGUCCUAGUCACCGUGAAGACGACAAGCUGAUGCCCAACUACCACCGCGUGCGUACCUGGAUCGACCUGCUGGGCCUGUUCAAGGUGGAAGCCGAGUUCUUGGGCUGUGUCGAUGGCAAGGUCCAUUUGCACAAGACCAACGGGGUUAAGAUCGCGGUGCUGGCUCUGAAGCUAUCCGUGGAAGACUUGGAGUACGUAGAAAAGGUUACUGGUACGCUGUUGGAACUGUACAAGGAAGAAGUGAUCCGCGCCAACGAAAAGCGCGACCGGGCACUUCGCCGGAAGCUGCUGUCGGGUGGUCACAACCGCCCCUCGUCCACUGCUGCCAUCAACGAUAUCCCUCCUCCUCAACCACAAAGACCCAACCAUCGGGGCCCUCUGACCAACUCCGCUCCAGGAGAAAGCGACUACGAUUGGUUUGAAUUCUUCCUUCUGUGUGGCGUCGACAUUGGCAACUGCCAACGCUACGCCCUUAACUUCAGUAAGGAACGUAUGGACGAAAACGUCUUGGAAGACAUCUCGCCCCAAUUGUUGCGCACGUUGGGGUUGCGUGAAGGCGACAUCAUUCGGGUGAUGAAGCACUUGGACCAAAAGUAUGGCCGCAAACACACUAUGGGCGAUGCUGGUGCUGCUUCCACUUCGGGUGGUUUGUUUACCGAAGCUGGUGGCGCGUUGAAGAAUAACUCCCUGACGCUGGACAUCCCUCGCGUGGAUGGGGCGGCGUUGCCGUCGCCUAAUAAAGCCCAGCCAAUUAAUAAUGCUCCUCCUCCUCAAGCGCAAGCGCCCCGUCCUGAAAAUGACGACGCCUGGGUGGUCAAGCCUGCGGCCAGAUCGCUGCAGGAAGACUUGUUGUCGAAGCAAACCACGGUGCCGCAACCGCAAACCCCUCAAUACACCGGGUCGCUUCAAGACUUGGUCAACAUCAAGCCCCAUGACCCCAAGGUUCCUCCCCCCAACCAAAACCAGGCUCCUGCUGCUCCUGCCUUGGUGCCUAAGCAACCGCCGCCUCGUCCCACGGCUGCGUUACCGAACUUUGAACCGGUAUCGGCGCAAAAGACGGGUCAACUUGUCCCUGUCACCACUGGUGGUUUGCUUCCUGCCCAACCCACGGGCUUCCUCCCCAUCCAGCCUACCGGUUUCAUGCCUAUUCAACCCACUGGUGGUCAAAGCUACGUGUUGCUCCCCGUGGUUACCGGUCCCGCGUUACAGAAGACUGGUGGUGCCGGUAUGCCCACUACCACUUUCGGAGGUCCAUCGAUUGUGCCGUUACAGACGGGUACGUUGACGAUGCCGGCGACUCUGUUUGGCGGGCUGGCACCCUCGUUGGCUCCAUCUCAGCCCACUGGUGGCAUGCCCCAAACACUGUUUGGCGCUGCUGUACCUCAACAAAAGACGGGUCCGUUAUCGGCGGCGACUACCGGGGGUAUCGGCAAUGCCUUUGUACCUCAGCUGACGUUUGGCAAGCAGAUCACCGGUGGGUUCAUGGCUCAGCCUCAACAGCAAUUACCCCCGCAGACGCUGUUUGGCGCUAACCCCACCACCAACUUCCCGCAACAGAUGAACCAGAUGACCAACAUGUUUGGUCAAACCAAUUUGGGACAACCUCAACCUCAAUUAGGACAACAGCCGACUAAUAUGUUUGGGCUCCCUCAACAACCCACACAACCGGCACUUCAGCCUCAGUUUGGUCAACAGCUGACUCUGUUCGGUGGGUUGCCUCAGACCCAGCCUCAACAACCGCAAUUUGGUGGUUUGCCACAAACUCAACCUCAAUUUGGGCAGAUGCCGCAGCCUCUGUUUGGGGCCAUGCCUCAAGCUCAGCCGCAAUUUGGUGGGAUGCCUCAACCGCAAUUCGGCGGAGCUCAACCGCAAUUCGGCGGAGCUCAACCGCAAUUCGGCGGAGCUCAACCUCAGUUUGGUGGCCAGGCGCCUCCGAUGACGCUGUUUGGACAAGCACCAGUGGCUCCUCAGCCCGUUAGCCUGUUCGGCCAGCAGCCGGCUCAGUUUGAAGGGUUUGGCCAGCUCCAAUCGCAACCAACCGGACUUGGGUUUGGAAAUUCGCCGUUGCUGGCUCAGCAGACAGGUAAGUCCCAAGCCAACUUGGCAGCGGCGACCCCUGACAACCCUUUUGGGUUUAUGCACUGA